AGCCGCCGGCCCGAGUCGCACCAGCUCAUCGCCCCUGCGGGCGGUGCCCGGGCUGGUCAGCGGCCGCCGGCCGGGGGCGGAGCGCUCGCGAAGCUCGGCCAAUCAGCGCGCUAGGGCGGCUCGGCGGGGACGCCCGCGAGCGGGUGUGUGAGGACGCGCUCAGUCGUUGAGAGCCAGAGCUGAGGAGCGAUUGCUGUGAUACCUGCAGCUGCUGCCAGGGCGGACGCAGAGCAUCAGACGCGAGCGCUGUUGGCGUGGUGCAGGAAGGUGAAGCCAUGACGUCCGUCAGUGAAAAUACUCUCUUUGGAAUGGGAAAUCCCCUUCUUGACAUCACUGCUGUAGUGGAUAAAGAUUUCCUUGAUAAGUAUUCUCUUAAACCAAAUGACCAAAUCCUGGCUGAAGACAAACACAAGGAAUUGUUUGAUGAACUUGUUAAGAAAUUCAAAGUCGAGUAUCAUGCUGGUGGCUCUACCCAGAAUUCAAUUAAAGUGGCUCAGUGGAUGAUUCAGCAGCCACACAAAAUAGCAACAUUUUUUGGAUCCAUUGGGAUAGAUAAAUUUGGGGAGAUACUGAAGAAGAAAGCUGCUGAAGCCCAUGUGGAUGCUUAUUACUAUGAGCAGACAGAACAACCAACAGGAACUUGUGCUGUGUGCAUCACUGGUGACAAUAGGUCCCUUGUAGCUAAUCUUGCUGCUGCCAAUUGCUACAAAAAGGAAAAACAUCUUGAUAUGGAGAAAAACUGGAUGUUAGUAGAAAAAGCAAGAGUUUAUUAUAUAGCAGGCUUUUUUCUUACAGUUUCCCCAGAAUCAGUACUGAAAGUGGCUCACCAUGCUUCUGAAAACAACAGAAUUUUCACAUUGAAUCUGUCUGCACCAUUUAUUAGUCAGUUCUACAAGGACUCAUUGAUGAAAAUCAUGCCUUAUAUUGACAUACUUUUUGGAAAUGAGACAGAAGCUGCCACUUUUGGUAGAGAGCAAGGCUUUGAGAUUGAGGAUAUUAAAGAGAUAGCCAAAAUGACUCAGGCUUUGCCAAAGGUGAACUUGAAGAGGCAGCGAAUUGUGAUUUUCACCCAAGGGAGAGAAGAUACUGUAGUGGCUACAGAAAGUGAAGUCACUGCUUUUCCUGUCUUGGAUCAAAAACAAGAAGAAAUUGUUGAUACCAAUGGAGCUGGAGAUGCAUUUGUUGGAGGUUUUCUGUCUCAACUGAUCACUGACAAGCCCCUGACUGAAUGCAUCCGUGGUGGCCACUAUGCAGCAAGUGUCAUAAUUAGGCGGACUGGCUGCACCUUUCCUGAAAAGCCAGACUUCCACUGAUGGGAAAGCAGGAAGCCCAAGCCCAGGAGUACAGACACUGCCAUGACUGCUUCCUGAGAAUUCCCAUAUUAAUUAAGAAGAAAAUCAUCUGUUGUCUUUUCCUACUAUAAUAGUGUUCAUUCUUAAUUUAGAGGGUGCAGUAAUACUCAGUAGAAUCUUUAUUCUCUCAACAAUCUAAAAAAUGAUGUUUAUUUCCAUAGUUUAAUAGUGUGCUUAAAUGUCAAUUAAACAGGACUUUCACAUCUCAAUGGAAAUUUUUAUUUCAUUUUCAAUUACUGGGUAAAUUCAUGUGUAUUUGGUAAAUUAAUGUCUUUUUACAUUUCUGCUUUGAAUGCAGAUGUAAUUUAAAUAUAGAUUUUUAAAAAGAAAUUAAUCCUAACACAUUAAUCUUUAGCUUUUUAUACAAGUAUAUUUAAUUUAGGAAUGUAUACAUGUGUGUGUGUGUGAAUGUACACAUAUACACAUACAUUUAUAUACUACAUAUAUACAUGAUAAGUGGUUAAAUAAGGUUCAAAAAUAUUUAUCUUGCCAAAUUAUGCCAAAUAAUCUCUUCAGUGCGUACUCAAACAUGUAAUAAAAUUUUUGGAUAAUAAUUUGCCAAGUUAUAUGUUACAUUACAAUAUUCAAAUCAUAAUCUUAUAUUUACUUACGAUACUGUGUAAUUUGAUACAAAUAAAAACUUGUCAUAUCAGAA